UAUUGAUAAAACAAUUAAGAUAAAAUUUAUAGAGACCGACUAAUUGAAAUAAUUACCUUGUUCAGAUAUCAUCCCCAACAACAUAUUAAGGACCAUGACAAUUUAAUUUGAACAACUUUAUUACAAAUUUUGCAUCCCUUUAGUAGUUUCACUAUUUUGAUACAUCUAUCUCAUAAUCAAGAAAUUUAUGGACGGUCAAGUUCUUCUCUGGUCAUCGGCUCUAUCGGGCUCCCUCCUUGACCCACCAAAAAUAAAGUUACCAAGGGUUCAUAUGGUCCGCUCACCAGUAUUACCUUCAGCAUCUGGUGUCACAGCUCCAAAACGAGAGAGAGAUCCCAGAAAGCGGGUUGUCGUGACAGGCAUGGGUGUUGUCUCGGUGUUUGGGAACAACGUUGAUAUGUAUUACCAUAAACUUUUAUCUGGAGAGAGUGGGAUCGGGUCUAUAGACAGGUUUGAUGCUUCCAAACUUCCAAUACAGUUUGGAGGUCAGAUUCACGGCUUCAUCAAUGAGUAUAUUGACACCAAAUUAGACCGGGAACUUGAUGAUUGUCAAAGGUACUGUAUGGUUGCUGGGAAAAAAGCUCUUGAACAUGCUUGUCUUGGUGUUGAAGAACUCCUUAAGGUUGAAAAAGAGCGUGCCGGAGUGCUUGUUGGAUCUGGCAUGGGAGGUGUUACAGUAUUUUGUGAUGGUGUAGAGUCACUCUUAGAUAGAGAUUAUAAUAAAAAUGCACCAAGUUUCACACCUUAUUACUACAUGACUAAUAUGGGCUCUGCAUUACUUGCGAUAGAACUUGGGUUUAUGGGACCAAACUACUCCAUUUCAGCUGCUUGUGCCUCUUCAAACUUUUGCUUUUAUGCAGCUGCAAAUCAUAUUCGUGAAGGUGAGGCUGACUUGAUGAUAGCUGGUGGUGUUGAAGCUUCUUUUGUUCCGGUUGGAUUCGGAGGCUUUUCUGCUUGUAGAGCAUUGUCUAGCAGAAAUGAUGAUCCUCGGACCGCUUGCAGACCAUGGGACAAAGAUAGAGACGGCUUUGUCAUGGGCGAAGGUGCUGGUGUUUUGGUGAUGGAGAGUUUAGAACAUGCAAUGAAAAGGGAUGCACCAAUACUUGCUGAAUACUUGGGAGGUGCUAUUAAGUGUGAUGCAUAUCAUAUAACUAAUCCACAACCUGACGGGCUUGGCCUUUCAUAUUGCUUACAUAGCUGCCUUGAGGAUGCUGGAGUAUCCGUUGAAGAGGUAAACUACAUUAAUGCACACGCCACUUCCUCCGUGGUUGGUGAUCUCACUGAGUUAAAAGCUCUGAAGAACGUAUUCAACCCCACUUCCCAUAUCAAAAUGAACGCCACCAAGUCCAUGAUCGGGCAUGGUUUGGGAGCAGCUGGAGGCCUGGAAGCUAUUGCUACAAUUAAAGCGAUUCAAACAGGAUGGUUGCACCCAACUGUUAAUCAAUUCGUACGUGUUACCUCUAUUUUUAGUCGAUCUUUUUUUUUUCAAGUUCUCACUCACUGUUUCUUUCAACUGAAGAACCUUGAACCUGCAGUAAACUUCGAUACUGUUGCAAAUCAAAAGCAGCAACAUGAAAUCAAUGUCGCCAUUUCAAAUUCAAUAGGUUUUGGUGGAAACAACUCUGUUGUAGCAUUCUCUGCAUUCAAACGUUGAUAUGAUCGUUGGGAAUUUUGAAUGUCAUGGAUCAAUACAACCUAUCUUUUUGUUUAAGACAUCUGAUGAAUUUUAACAAAAUUAUAAGAAGACCUGGCAUUUACAGUGUAUUUUUUGGUCGAAUAUAUUGUGACCACUCAGGAAAUAAUGUAAGUGGAUUGCAUUUCAUUGUUUCGACUGGGUAAAAAGUUGUAGCUUCUUGUUGCAGAGAUAAUGUCAAGUGAUCUCCAUGCAUUUUUAUAAUUUAAUAAAUUAUACUACACAUUUUAAACGUGUCAAAA